AUGGACACAGCCGAUAGCCUGUUCGUGAUCAUCGUCACAAUCCUUCUCAUCAUCGGCUUCUUCUCGAACCUCCUUCUCAUGUACCUGAUCAUCUGGAGAAGUCCUCAAAAUCUGACGCCUUAUCGUAUUUUCCUCGCGAACACAACAAUCACCCAAUUAGCUUUCGCGGUCAUUGGCAUAGUCAGUCAACCGAGGUGAGUCCAGAAACCUGGCGUUCUUUUGAGUCGCGACACAUUCGUUCAGAGUUCUCUCCAAACACCAAUACACUAUAGUCUUUUACCUGGGACCCGUGCAAUUCUUCGGAGAGUGGCUCAGCUACAUGUCUUACGUGGGAAUGAGUACGUGAUUAAUUGUUAUGAAUGACUUCCACGAAUUGUUCAAUGUUUCAGUCCACUUGUCCCUCAACUCGUUCCUCUCCUUGAUGCUCUCAAUGAUCUACCGUUACUUCUCCAUCCGCUUCCAUCGCUUUUCGGUCAAAACUUCCGUUGCGCUGUGUCUAAUCGGCUACUCCUACCCUUUUCUCAUCUUCCUCAGCUGUUCGAACAUCGUCGUCUCUUCCUCGCUUUCAGUCAACAAAGACAUUCUGGAAGGCAUGGUCGACAAUCUUGAGAGCUAUCGAAUGGCGCUCUCCACCAACGUCUCCAACCAACCACCCAUCAUCGUGCUCCUUCUUGCUGUCACCAUUGGGUUCAUCCCAAUUUAUUUCGUCAUGUACUGGUGUCGCCAUCAAAUCUACAAGACACUCAAGCAAACGCGCUCUGUGCACAGCCAAUCGACAAGGGACAAUGCGAGACGUCUUGUGAAUGUGAGUCAAUUCGAAAGCACUUGUAUUUGACCCAGAUUCUUGCAGGCUCUGACCAUCCAAUCAAUUAUUCCUUUGGUCUCCGUCUUCCCUGCUUCCACAUUCUACUGUCUUUCUCAAUUGGGUUUGGUGGAGCCUACAUGCUACAGCUACUUCAUCGCCCCUUGUCUCUCGUUCGGAUGCAUAGCUGACCCUCUCGUCACCAUCCGAUGCGUCCUUCCCUACCGUAGGUGGGUUCUGAAGAUGUGCCAUCGCAGCUCAUCCGAAAUCACAAUUUCCAAUCUCGAGCGGAGUAAAAGUGAGCACGCGAGCAAGAGCACCAGGCGCAUAUUUCAUAAGCAAUGA